AUGGAUGAUGAUAAUUUCAGAUACGACAUCACAUAUACUGUCCAAAAGUCGAUUAAGGGGAGUGUAGUGGCUGAUUUCCUAGCUGAUCAGCCAAUCACUUUUGAAGACGAUGAUGAAGAGAUGGUGUUCCCAAACGAUGAGAUCAUGACCGUUCAAUCCGAAGCAUGGAAAUUAAUGUUCGAUGGCGCAUCGGGCAAACAGGGCUACGACAUUGGUAUUCUUUUGAUCGAUCCUGCUGACACAUAUAAUCCUACUUACGUUAAGUUAGGUUAUAGUGUCACCAACAAUGAAGCUGAGUACGAAGCAUGCAUCGCCGGGAUCAAGUUAGCCAGCGAGAAAAGAAUUAGCAUAUUGGAGGUUAUCGGAGACUCAAAUCUUGUAAUCUCGCAAGCUAAUAGAGAUUGGCAGGUCAAAGGUGACAAUCUUAAACCUUAUCAUUCUUUCCUCAUGUGUUUAAUCGCUAAGUUCGAAAGUGUUGUUUUCAUCCAUGCUCCAAGGAGUCAGAAUCGUUUCGUUAACACCCUUGCAACUCUUGCGGUGAUGACUCAAAUUCCCGAUGGAAUCAAGAUCAAGCCACUCAAAAUCCAACAGAGGUGCAAUCACAUCUAUGAGAAACUAGUGGUUGCUAACACUGAUAUCUCAAGUAAACCUUGGUUUGAGCCCAUCCAAUCUUAUAUCGAAAAGGGGGAAUAUCCUUCCCACUUUCAUAAGAAAGAACAUCGUUCUCUCCGUCAGUUUGCCACUAGCUAUGUGGUUGUGGCAGGAUGUCUCUAUCGACGAUCCUUUGAUGGAUAA